AUGGCGGAUUUGGAAGCCGUACUGGCUGAUGUCAGUUAUCUCAUGGCGAUGGAAAAAAGCCGGAGUCAACCUGCCGCCCGAGCUAGCAAACGGAUCGUUUUGCCCGAUCCGAGUGUUCGGAGUAUCAUGCAGAAGUAUCUGGAAAAAACGGGUGAAAUCAAAUUCGAGAAGAUUUUCAAUCAGAGACUCGGUUUUUUGCUGCUCAAGAAUUUUGUCGAGAACAUGGCCGAGAGCUCGUGUCCACAGAUCAAAUUCUACGAAGCGAUCAAGGAGUAUGAGAAGAUGGAAACGCCGGAAGAGCGGUUGACCAAGGCCAGAGAGAUCUACGACCACCAUAUUAUGAUCGAAAUGCUUGCCCAUGCUCAUAACUACUCAAAAGCCUCGCUGCAGCAUGUGCAGUACCACCUACUCAAGGGCAACGUACCGCCGGAUCUGUUUCAGAGGUACGUCGUUGAGAUCUGCGAUCAGCUUAAAGGUGAUAUCUUCCAGAGAUUUCUAGAAAGUGACAAAUUCACUCGAUUUUGUCAAUGGAAGAAUCUGGAGCUGAAUAUGCAGCUGACGAUGAACGACUUCUCCGUGCAUCGGAUCAUUGGAAGGGGCGGUUUCGGUGAAGUCUAUGGUUGUCGGAAGGCCGACACCGGCAAGAUGUACGCGAUGAAGUGUUUGGACAAGAAGCGGAUUAAAAUGAAACAAGGAGAGACGUUGGCGUUGAACGAGCGCAUCAUGCUCAGCCUCGUAUCGACCGGGCAAGAUUGUCCCUUCAUCGUUUGCAUGACGUACGCCUUCCAAUCGUCGGACAAGCUGUGCUUCAUCCUGGAUUUGAUGAACGGCGGCGACCUGCACUAUCACCUGUCUCAACACGGCGUCUUCAGUGAGGCCGAGAUGCUCUUCUAUGCCUCCGAGGUGAUUCUUGGUUUGGAGCACAUGCACAACCGAUUCGUGGUUUACCGCGAUUUGAAGCCGGCCAAUAUUCUGCUCGACGAAAAUGGACAUGUACGCGUCUCUGAUCUCGGCUUAGCCUGUGAUUUUUCGAAGAAAAAGCCCCAUGCCAGUGUAGGCACGCACGGAUACAUGGCUCCCGAAGUGCUCGCCAAAGGCGUGGCCUACGACUCCUCUGCCGACUGGUUUUCUCUCGGCUGUAUGUUGUACAAACUGUUAAAGGGCCAUUCACCGUUUCGACAACACAAGAGCAAGGACAAGAACGAGAUCGACAAAAUGACACUCACGCAGGACGUCGAGUUACCGAACGAGGGUCUCUCUCCCGACUGCCGCGAUUUGAUCGAGGGUCUGCUCAAACGCGACGUGCCCGACCGACUUGGCUGCAAAGGGCGCGGGCCGUCCGAGGUGAAGGAACAUCCGUUCUUCCGCGAUGUGGACUGGCAGACGGUGUAUCUACGUCGAAUGACUCCACCACUGAUUCCGCCAAGGGGCGAGGUGAAUGCCGCCGACGCCUUCGACAUUGGCAAUUUCGAUGAUGAUGAAGUUAAGGGCGUCAAGCUAUCCGAUUCGGACAACGAAUUGUACAAGAACUUCAACAUCGUCAUUUCGGAGCGAUGGCAGAAUGAAAUCGCCGAGACCAUCUUCGAGGUUGUCAACCAAGACGCGGACAAAGCAGAAACUAAAAAGCGGUCAAAACAAAGAGCAAAAAUGAACGUCGAUGAAAAAGAUUCUGACGUAAUCGUUCAUGGCUAUAUCAAGAAGCUUGGUGGUCCGUUUACAUCAGCAUGGCAAACUCGGUACGGAAAGCUCUAUCCGUCUCGGCUUGAGCUCUACCCAGAGUCACUUAGUGGGAAACCUGAGCUAGUAUUCAUGGACCAGAUAGAAGAUGUCUGUGCGGAUUUGCAAACUGUUAAAGGCGAGAACGCAAUCGUUGUUAAACUACGGGAUGGUUUCAAGGAACCCAGGAUUAGCUUAACGAACUCGGACGAGAUCUCGCUGAAGGAAUGGCAUACCUCAUUGCGGACAGCGCACAAAGUUUCAUGCGAGCUUUUGCAACGGAUGGGACGAAAAGCGAUCAAAAUCUACGGGGUGAACCACGAUCCUAUGCUGAAUGAAGCCGAUAGACCUGCAUCCGUUUCCAAAUAUAUGAACAGAGCAUCCAGUGUAGACUCUACCGUAUGA